AAGUCAGUUUCCGGAAACAUGGAGGCUGUAUUGAGUGAUGUGGUGGCUCCUGAAGACCUUAUAAAAUUUGAGAAAAAGUACAACAGCGAGCUGGUGAAGGGAGCCGUCUCCAAAGAAACCAAGUUUGAAUAUGCCUGGUGUCUGAUCAGGAGCAAAUACUCAGACGAUAUCAAGAAGGGAAUCGUGCUCUUGGAGGAGCUUGUUCAGAAAGCAUCAAAGGACGACUCCCGGGACUUUCUGUUCUACCUUGCAGUGGCCAACUACAGACUCAAAGAAUAUGAGAAAGCCCUGAAGUACAUCCGGACUCUGCUAAAGAACGAACCAGGGAACAAGCAAGCUCUGGAGCUGGAGAAACUCAUCGACAAGGCUUUGAAGAAAGAUGGCUUGGUUGGCAUGGCGAUUGUCGGAGGGAUCGGCCUCGGCGUGGCCGGGUUAGCGGGCCUCAUCGGCUUGGCUGUGUCAAAAGGAGCUGCCAAAUCCUAAUCUGGACAUGAAACGGUGUGUUUUCAUUUUGCUGGACUUACACACUGACCUGCAUAAAGAAAAACUAAAAAAAAGCUUUGGUGGUGAAAGCUUGAAGGAUGUAUAAUAUUGGUUUGAAUAUGUAUUGCAGCGCAUUAAAUGGUUUGAAUAUUGCCAGUGAAUAACUUGUUUUCAUACUUUAAAAAGAUUGAAAAUCAUCAUACAAAUGACACUGCUGUUAAUUCACACAUUAUAUAUAGCAUGGCACCUUCUCAUUACUUGUAUAAACAACCUAGACUAGACAUGGUGCCAUUCAGUUUUGUGCAGUUUCUUAGCGUGCACCUCGGCCUACAGUUACUAAGUUGGCAUUGACAUUUUGUCAAAUAACUUUCUAAAAAUGCAGUUGUGGUUUCUUCCAUUGUGCUUGAAUUGUUAAAGAAAGUGUUGCUGGUUCGGUAUAAAGUGUAGAUUGUAAAGCAAAGGGGAACAGAGUCGUGUUUUUGCAGGUGAUGUAGCAGGAACUCAUCUGUACCAGACUGUAAGAAGAGCUGCUGCUGUGGAGGCAAUGAGCAGAUGUUUGCAUUUAUUUUGACUGCAGUUUUUUUUUUUUUUUAAGUUGUUCUGACUUAAAGGGACGCAAUGCACAUAUGAGAAAUUAAUACAUCUUCCUCAUGUAAAAUAUGUUUCCUAACAUUUACACAAACUACGUUUAAUGAGUUGUGUUUCCAUCUUGUUAAAUAAAAUGAUUUUGAAAUGCUA